AGACCUUCAGAUUCAGACAGUCGCACUAAAAAAAAAACCAAAAAAAUGGCGUUCCGCGUUUUCCUCCUCCUCUCUCUCACCUCUCUCCUCAUCUUCUCCGCCGUUUCUCCUUCCUUCGCCUCCACCUCCGACGUCGACGACGAAGAAGAUCUCAGCUUCCUCGAAGACCCCAAAGAAGAAUCCGACCCCACCAAGCCACUCUCCUCCCCCGACGAGUUCCACGAAGGAGAAGACGAAGAAGAAGAUCCCGAGAUGUACGACGACAACGACGAAGACGACCAAGAAGGAGAAGAUCUCUCCGAUCUAGGCAACCCCGACUCAGAUCCGUUCCCGUCCCCAGACGUUGACGAGAAAGACGUGGUGGUGAUCAAAGAGCGUAACUUUACGGACGUGAUUGAGAAUAAUCAGUAUGUGAUGGUUGAGUUUUACGCUCCGUGGUGUGGGCAUUGCCAGUCUCUUGCUCCUGAGUACGCGGCGGCGGCCACUGAGCUUAAGGGAGACGGUGUCGUUUUGGCGAAGGUUGAUGCUACGGAGGAGAAUGAGUUGGCUCAUCAGUUUAGUGUUCAGGGGUUUCCGACGAUUUUGUUUUUCGUUGAUGGAGAGCAUAAGCCUUACUCUGGUGGCAGGACCAAAGAAACGAUAGUAACAUGGGUGAAGAAGAAGAUAGGUCCUGGUGUGUAUAACUUGACGACGUUAGAUGAUGCUGAGAAAGUGUUGACUUCUGGGAACAAAGUCGUCUUGGGUUAUUUGAACUCUUUGGUGGGUGCUGAGCAUGAUCAACUUGCUGCUGCUUCCAAAGCUGAUGACGAUGUGAACUUUUAUCAAACAGUGAACCCUGAUGUUGCCAAGAUGUUCCACAUCGAUCCAGAGUCUAAGCGUCCUGCUGUUGUCUUAGUUAAGAAAGAAGCUGAGAAGAUUAGCCAUUUUGAUGGGGAGUUUGUUAAGUCUGAUAUAGCUAGUUUUGUGUCUGCCAACAAGCUUCCUUUGGUCUCUGUUUUCACCAGAGAGAGUGCACCGGAAAUUUUUGACAGUGCAAUCAAGAAGCAGAUGUUGUUGUUUGUAUCCCAAAAUGACUCUGAGAAGGUUCUUUCAGAGUUUGAAGAAGCAGCAAAAUCAUUUAAAGGAAAGCUUAUCUUUGUAUCUGUGGAUUUGGAUAAUGAGGAUUAUGGGAAGCCAGUUGCUGAAUACUUUGGUGUGUCUGGCAAUGGUCCUAAACUUAUUGCCUACACAGGAAAUGAAGAUCCUAAGAAACACUUCUACGAUGGUGAAAUCAAGUCUGAUAAAAUUAAGGCAUUUGGGGAAGAGUUCUUGAGCGACAAACUAAAGCCUUUCUAUAAGUCAGACCCUGUUCCUGAGAAGAAUGAUGGAGAUGUGAAAAUCGUGGUGGGUGAUAACUUUGAUGACAUUGUCCUCGACGAGUCUAAGGAUGUUCUUCUCGAGGUCUAUGCGCCAUGGUGUGGCCAUUGCCAAGCACUUGAGCCAAUGUAUAACAAGCUUGCUAAACAUUUACGAGAAGUUGACUCUCUUGUCAUAGCCAAGAUGGAUGGAACAACCAAUGAACAUCCCAAGGCAAAGGCCGAAGGGUUCCCUACAAUUCUCUUCUUCCCUGCAGGAAACAAAACCGCAGAACCGAUAACAGUAGAUACAGACCGGACAGUGGUUGCAUUCUACAAGUUUUUGAGGAAACACGCAACGAUCCCGUUCAAACUGGAGAAACCUGCUGCUGCAUCUACCAAAACUGUUGAGUCGUCCACACCAAAAGUAGAAACUACUGAGACCAAAGGAAGUCCCGAUAUCACCACCACCACAAAGAGUACCGAAAGUGACUUGAAGGACGAGCUUUGAUCUGAACCUGAGAAAAAGGAUAGGAGUUAUAGAAAUACGUCUCCUUAUAAAAGUUAUAUUGUCUGAUCAGAGCAUUGUUUCAUCACGAGCUUGGACUAGAGAAUGUUGGAGACUUUAUUAGUUAUUUUUAGUAUUGAGAAAAGACAAUUUUAAAAGCUCUCUUUUGAUAUAAUAAAUUCAGAGGCCAACUUGAAGAAUUGUAAACGCAAUGUAAUAAGUGAGAUAAUAUAUACUCCCUCUGUUCCUAAAAGAUAGAUUUUCUAGUGUUUUCACACAUAUUAAGAAAACACAUUAAAUCAUUAUCGUUUUCAGUAAUUUUCAAUUUUCAACAACUUUUACCCAAUAGUAAUUUAAUAAAACUAAUUAAUAUUUUUGAAACUUGUAAUUUUCUCAUAGAAAACAUAGAAUAUACAUCUUUUUGAAACAAAAUAGUUUUCCAGAACAUGGAUCUUUUAAGAACGGAGGGAGUAU